GGACCAGAAAUAAUUGCCGCAAGAAAAUUUCAUUGACGGACAACGGCUUUCAUACGGAGAUCUACGUAGACCAAAGACAAAGUGUGUUUGGCAAAGCAUUGAACUUGAAGUAACGUUAGUUAGUUUUGUUGCAGAAGGAAGUGAUAGUUAGCGGCAAGCCUGUUUCUGUUCACUGCUGUAGUUUUCACUUUCUAGAUCAGUGCCGUGCGUGCAGGCUGUAGCUGCGGGAGUAGGUCUUUGUAGACGUCUACGAGCGUUCCGUAUCGAGUACGGUUUGCAGCGGAGCGUCACCACUUCUCACGUGCCAUGCAAAUGCAUGGGGAGAUUUCGCGAUCUCGCAGUUUAGCUGUUGUCUCAAGCCGUUCUCGCUAGUGCCAGUAGUGCCGCGUGCAGUGGCCAACGACGUUAGUCCAUCGCUGAUCCGCAGCUGCACUUGAGUUGAGGCUAGUCGUCCACGCCUAGCGCCUAGCUGCUGACCGAGCGUGAGCCUGUGUUGGCACUGGUGCAAACUUUGUCUCGACGGCUACAACGGGAGGAGAUUCUCCCAGUCCGUUUUGCGACUCUGUUCCUUCCUGGGCUGAAUACAUCCAGUCUGUCACGAGCUUGGCUCUCGAACUAUCUCUAAUAAUUAUUGUAAUAAUUGUUCACUAUCUGUAGCAGGAUACUUGCUGUAAGGUAUAAGGUAUUGGCCUGAAGCAACGCUGGUGGUAUACUUACCAUAGCAUCAUUUCCCUCAAGCUAAACUCAACUGUCUCGGUUCCGCUCAUUUCAAGGCACUGUGGCCUGUGACAUGCAUCGAAGUUGAUGCAGCGGCAGCAGUAGCAGCAGACCUUGUAUUGCCUAUGACUGCACUAUUCUAGGCUAGCUCUGUCGGAGCAAAACGAGUGCUGCUGUGGUGGUAUUUCUCUCUGAGCUUUGUCGACGUGAAUCUGUUAUCCUGACCUGGGACAGGAGGACGCUCAUUCAUUGUGCUGUAUCGGCACUCCGCUUUGAAGACAUUCGUGUGCUGCUGCCGUUUGGCGAGAGGUUUUGAGCGUGGACACAUCCAGCAUGUGGCGGAUGCUAAGAUAUCACCUUGUCUGCAUCGUGGUAUUGGCUUUUCGCGCAGCAUCUGCCCAAGAUGAUUUUAGAGACGCUGAAAUCGUGCCAAUGGACAGAAGCUCGUCGUGCUCCGACCGAGAUGUGUAUGUAGCAUUUGGGACUUCGACAACGCUCCGUUGCGAUGCCAUCGACCAGUGGAACGAAAAUAUGAUAACUUCAGUUGAAUGGUUUGAUAUUGCCAAUAAGCCUCUGGAGGGGAACAGCUUCAUUCGUAUUAGUAGCAGCAAGCAGUAUGCGACUAUCAGCAGGCUGCAGGAGCGCCAUUCUGGACGUUAUGCUUGUCGCGUUUCUUACUGCAACCACACCGGCAUAGACGAGCAGGGCAAGCCCCGCUGCAUACGCCCCCUCGUCUCUCAGCCCGUGUACACUUGCCUCAAGGUUGCCGUACCGCCGGUUGCUGAAAUUAUCACACGACGCCAUCAUGUGAUGGCGGGCAAAGAGCUGAGGGUGCGCUGCUCUUUCCGUGGAGACGAACCGCUCAAGAUAUCAUUCCGCGUGAAUCGAACAGACGUGGUAUACCCAGUCGAACAGGACGGUACCUUCUUAGUGCCCAAAGUCACCUCGCAGUUUGAGGGCUUGUUGGAGUGCAUCGUUCACAGCAACAUGCUGAACAUAACGGCCGUGGCGUCGACUUCUGUCGUGGUGUAUGAACCCCCGAGAGUCAAGGUAACUCCCAGCCAGAUCAAUGUCUACUCGGGCACGUCAGUCUCAAUAAGCUGUGAAGUGAUGAACCUAGAUCCAGAUAUAAAGCCUGUCACAUUGUCAUUCUCCCAAGCCCCUCCAACCAUGGUGUGCUUUGCUGGCCUUAGCCAGGGUCUCGACUAUACCUCACAGUUUGAUCAGCGGCAGCCAGCUGUUAUUUAUAAAAGGUUUGGUGCCAUUCGUGAACACAAUAAAGGCAUCUACUACUGCAAGGCAGUGACUGGUCGCCUGACAGGAUGCGUACAGGACUAUAGCACAAAGGCAUUCAAAGUCGAUGUUCUCGACCGACCACCCAUAGCGCGGCUGAAGAUUGCGAGCCGUGAUGUCGUCGUGGGCGAGCGCCUUGUCCGUGUUGCCGGCGACAGGAUCCAAGCUGUUCUCACGUGCACUGUCAACGGAGUAGAGUCUGGUCGCACGGUUGAAACCAAGUGGUACCACAACAACACCCUGUUGGUGCCCGGUGGUGAACAGAGUGAAUUUCUGGGCUCGACCAGAAGCGGCGAAACGCUCAUCAUUAGCAAAUUCCAGCCGCGCCUGAAUGGAUUCAUCAGCUGUAGCGUGAAUUACGUUGGCUUCCCCGAGAUCAACGUAACUCGCACCAAUCCGAUUGAGGUGUUCGUUCAAGUUCCGCCGGUUGCCGCUGUGACCCUGACCGGGCACGAGUACGGCAUCGGCGAGCAUUUCAACGCGUCAUGCAGACUGGUCGCCGGUAACGGUGACAGGGUUUUCACGCAAUGGCGCCGCAGGAUAGAGAACAUUACGUACCCAUUGCCGCUGGUGCAGACCAUCAGAGGGAUCAGCAUCCUGAGCCUGGAGAACCUGAACGAGCGUGAUGCCGGAGAGUACAUCUGCGUGGGCACUGACCCAGACCUGCGGGACGAUAGCCGAAAGUCGCACGAACUCGUUGUCAGGCUCAGCGUUCACAAGAAAGCACCAGCUAUUGUGGAGGACUUUGCACCAGACACAGUGCCGGCUAUAGUAACAUCGUCCAGGCCCAUCGUGGAGUCGAGAACUGAUGAGGUUGAGCUGUCGGCCGGUGGCAGCAGUCAAAUUACUAGCGAUCAGACUUACAUCACGAUUGCCAUAGCUGCCUCCAGCGUUGCUAUUAUCAUGGUUGUUGUGGUCCUGGCGCUCAUCUUCUACACCAAGAGAUGGCGUGCACUGAAGCAGAUUGCACUGGAUGAAGUAAGAAACGACACAGAAAGCAGUAAGAGUUCGAGUGACAACCUACCCAACAAUGCCCCACGUCCAACCAGGCUAGUUCUGAAGGACAUGACCAGUAAUCCUAACUACGAAACAGUUCUGGCAGUCACUAGAUCAAGGUCUGACGACUCGGAUGAACAGAAGAAAGACGCUGUGACUCUGGCCUCGCAGCGAGACGACGGUAUUGCAGACUGCUCACGAGAGGCUACUGAUCAAGAAACACCAGCUGCCACUGGCACAACUGCAACAGCUGCUGCUGCUGCUACUCCUGCUGCCACACUGGUCACAAGUAACGGUGCCCCCGGUGGCAAAACGUCGGUGCAGCUCGUCAAAAUGUCAUCCACGGCUACGGUCGCAUCCAACGUCCCCAGCAGUGCCAGCCGCGGCGGCAAUGUCCACCCGGACACGGAGGCGAGCGACAUCGAGUCCGAGUGCUACAGUGAGCCCCUGGACCGCACCAGUCACGCGCGCACCUCAAUCCGCAGCUUUGCCACGGUGAUGCGCGAGGAGGGCAGCCGAACACCGCGCGGUGUGAUACAGCGACGUGUCCAGGCUGCCGGUAGCCAAGACGCCGACACGUACAGUUUGCCACGUGACGCGUGCAUUCAGGUAAUUGAUCCGGACGACGCUGACUACAGUGCACCGGUGGAUAGCCGUCGCCCAUCCAGUAGUGCUAUUGCUGUCGACGAGUACAACUUCCCUGCUGAUGGAAGAUACACGAAUGAUAUGAUGAUCCGCGGUCGUGGGGUGCGGCCGUCAGGAAAGGGCCGCCAUGGCAGCGUACAAUCCAUUCGGCCCAGUUUGGCCGGGUCGAUCCACUCUGGAAUAAACCAACCUGACGAAGGCGAAUUGAGUCGCUCUCCGUCACCAAUUGAUGAGAAGCUGUAUGCUGAGCCCUACGCAGAGCCGCCCAGCAAUGUCGAUGCGAUCUACAACACGUUGAAAAUGAAUCAAAGAUACCGCGACAUCUGCCCUGACAACAUCAAACUGGAGGAUGCCCUGGGAUCUGGUCGGUUUGGCAAUGUGUAUCGCGGAGUAUGGACAGAAUCCAACGUUACACGCAAGGUUGCUGUGAAAUCUCUCAAGGACGGUGUGGACCCGCACGAGCGACUGCUCUUCCUGCAGGAAGCGGCUAUCAUGGGUCAGUUCAGACAUCGCAAUCUGGUGCGUCUGUACGGAGUGGUCACACAGGGUGAAGCGCUUAUGCUGGUUGAAGAACUGAUGUGCUCAGACAAUCUGCGCCAGUACCUCCUGAAGAGAAGGCCAGAUGAGAAUGGAAUUGCAAGCAGCAUGCCGUUGACCCUGCUCAACAUGUGCAAGGGUAUUGCCGACGGCAUGAAUUACCUGGCAAACCGUGGCUUCGUGCACAGGGAUUUGGCAGCUCGCAAUAUCAUGCUGGAUGCUGAUGAAACCUGCAAGAUUGGAGACUUUGGCAUGUCCCGCGGCAUGGAGGCCGAUCACUACGAAAGUUCGGGCGGUGUAAUCCCGGUCAAGUGGAGUGCGCCAGAGGCCAUUGAAUACCGUAGCUUCUCAAGUGCCAGCGACGUCUGGUCCUACGGCAUAGUGCUGCACGAGAUUUGGACGUUUGGCAAGUGUCCGUAUUCCUGGUGGGACAAUGAAGUGGUAAUGCUGAAAAUCAAGGAUGGUUACAGGUUACCGCGACCAGACUUCUGCCCGCCAUUGCUGUACGCGUUGAUGAAGGAUUGCUGGGAAGAGGACAAGAAGGAUAGACCCAGCUUCCAGCAAAUCUUGCAGCGUCUUGAUGGACCUCCCGAAGCGCUACUACGCAUGCCUAAAGCAUUGGCAGUGAACCGCAGGCAGAUAAAGCGCACGGCGGCCAACCGAGUAAGCACGUGUUCAGCGGCGACGGACGGUGACAACUCCGAUUCCAGCAACUCUGCGAAAGCGGACCAAACGUAAGAAAGCGUGUUAGUGGUGCCGAAAGCUGCAGUCGUGCUCCUCGGAUCCACGGCGUGUCUGUGAGGUGUGGCAGUGUGGAGCAAACUUACUGCAGUGUUCUCAGAAUGUUGGUUUUCAAAUGCCAGCCUAUUCCAGGCAAGUUCUGAACCAGUAUGAUGGACCUGUUGCCUGGCAACAACACACUGCUGGAUUGCACUUCAGUGUAACGAGCGACACUCGCCUCUCCUUCUUUCUUCUUGAGAUCAGAUGAUCUGGUUGUGUGAGCAAAGUGCUUUUACUGCCCUAGUCAAAUUUAUUCAACGGCAUUUUCCUUUCUUCUCCAACAACCGUUAUAUUAUUAUUGUCACAUAGAUAAAUCCCAGGAAAACAAUGGACGGGUGAAAUCCGAGAUAUUUGAAAUUUUUUGAUAUAGUACCACUUGUGCGUGCGUGUAUGGCCUUUGCGAUUUCGUUUGAUGGCUUUUUCCAGCAUUGGUAUGUGAUCGAGACAUGUACAUGUGUGUGAUGCCGUCCACAUACUACCCUUCCAUCUUGAUCUCUACUCCUCGCCAAUGGCUCACUCUGCAAUCAUUGUAAUCCCCCAUAGCAGCACAGGCAUGUAUGCCAUUACGUAGGGUAUCCAGUAUGUAGUGUACGGGCACUCAUGUCACACGUAGAGAUAUGCACAGGCACAAUGCACCCAUUGCUCGCUGAGGGCACGCCGUUGUUUCCAAUCCUGCUUCUAGUAUCCGCUGUAAUCGUUAGACGCUUCGCGAUGUUGUGAGCCAAGUAAGAGUGCAAGUGUUCCUCAAACCGUGUUUCUCACUCACGUGCUUCUUAAUUCUUAUCUCCAUAGCUGUGUAUUCAGAGAACAUCAACUUGAGUCCAUAAGAAAAGAACAUACUUAUAAUAUCUACAACAAAUUCCAAACUUA